AUGGAUCGAAUGCCCGUCGGUCAACAUCAACCACAGUAUCCAUCAGAGAAUCAAGACUAUUUCUACGAUCCGGAAAUGGCGGUUCGAGGAAACAGAAACCACGUUUCCGACAUGCGUCGUCAGGAGGAUCGUAUGAAUCGCGAGCUGAUGUGGGAGGAUCCAACUCCACUGGUCCCAUUCUUCGCUACAGAACCACCAUCAUGGGCUGAUAUCCAGAUUAGUGGAAGACCAAUUCAGCGUCCAUUCCACCGCUCACCAGCCAAGUUCAAUACAUCAACUUGGCAAGAAGUGAAGAAGGAGGACGUCUUCAGCACUAUGGGAAUGUGGGAGGCGCCACCAACAAAGAAGCAACAGCACCAUCCGGCUUCUGUUCGCCAGCCACCACCAGCUCCAAAACACGACGUCUUCGAGAACAUCGGAAAGUGGAAUCCAAAUGAGGUGCAACAAACUCCAAAAGUUGCUCCAAAAUUCACUCCGAUGUCUCUCAACAUGAUGAUGACUCCAAUUAAUCGUGCACCAUCGCUCGAGUCUCCAACGACUUCAUUGGAAUCCUCUCCCGAGGAAAAAAAUAGCUGGACUAGCUUCGAGCUUCUUCUCAACCCAAAGUCGAGCCGCUCAUCUGAUUCUGGAUCUGAGUACUCUUCUCCAAUCGAUCCUUACGGACACUGGAACUCAAACUUGCCAAAACACUGA